CUCAUUCCUCUUCUGAUCUGAUCAGCUAUAAAAGUCAUCGAGCAUUACUUCCAUUUUUUUUUUCUUCAUCAAGCGAUUCCCUCCCAUUCUUCAUCUCAGCUGCACACCGCCAACAGCCUCACCCCUCAUACACCCUAGACACAAAGAAAAACAGACAUGCAACACUCAAUGGAAAAAGUGGCCCUUAUUGGAUCAGGCAACUGGGGAUCUGCCGUCGCCAAGAUUAUCGGUCGCAAUGUCAAUAAGUUCGAACACUUUGACAGAAAUGUCAAGAUGUGGGUUUUUGAGGAGAAGAUCAAUGGACAGAACCUGACUGAGAUCAUCAAUACCAAGCAUGAAAACGUCAAAUACCUCCCUGGAAUUCAAUUGCCCGAGAACAUCAUCGCCUGCCCUGAUCUGCUCGAGACUUGUCGUGAUGCCACUAUGCUCGUCUUUGUUGUUCCUCAUCAGUUUGUUGCAAGUAUCUGCAAGCAGCUCAAGGGUAGGAUUCAACCCAACUGCAAGGCUAUCUCGCUGAUCAAGGGUAUUGAUGUCAACGAGGACGGCUUCCGUCUUAUCACUGACAGGAUCCAGGACUCCCUCGGCAUCCGUGCCUGUGUCCUAAGCGGUGCCAACAUUGCGAGUGAAGUCGCAGAGGAGCGCUUCUGUGAGACUACGAUUGGAUACAGGAACCGGAAAGAUGGCGAGCUCUUCAAGCAGAUUUUCCACACGCCCACGUUCAGGGUCAACAUUGUCGAGGAUGUGGUCGGUGUUGAGUUGUGCGGCGCGCUCAAGAAUAUUAUCGCAAUUGGCGGUGGAUUGGUCGAUGGCCUCAAGCUUGGUGACAACACUAAGGCUGCCAUCAUUCGCAUUGGUCUUUACGAGAUGCGCAAGUUUUCGCAGAUGUUCUAUAAGGAUGUGAAGGACUCAACGUUCUUCGAGUCGUGCGGUGUGGCUGACUUGAUCACAACCUGCGCGGGUGGUCGCAACCGCAAGGUUGCCGAGGCCCACGUUACGACCGGCAAGUCCUUUGAUCAAUUGGAGCAGGAAAUGUUGAACGGACAGAAGUUGCAAGGAACGUCCACCGCUCAGGACAUGUACAACAUUCUGUCAAAGAAGAAUCUGUGCCACGAGUUCCCAUUGAUGACGGUCAUCUACAGGAUUUGCUAUGAGAACCUUCCCCCCCUCAGGAUCGUCGAGGACAUUUAGACAGUCGAUACAUGCUCUUAAUUGAUGAUACUCCUGUAAUAAUAAACACUAGAUAGUAAUUCUUUUUUAGCUUGAUGUGAUUGUAGGACCUCAGAGAACGCAGUGCGCUACACAGAGGCCAAGAGUUUCAACAAAGCUCCAGCCCAACAGUCAUGGUCACUUCUAUUAACUAUGAAA